CCUUCAGCUCCCUUCAAAUAAACAAAACUUCCUCGAAAAUCCUCUGUUCUCUCAUCUCUCUCUAUUACUACCAAAACAGAGUCCCAAACUCCCAAUACUCCACUUUACCUCUAUCCAAACAUCUACAAGAGAAACUCCGAUGGGCGCCGAGAAAGACGGAGGAGGGAAGGGCGAAGGCGAGAAGAAGCCCGCCGCCGCUGCUCCUGCUGCCGGCGGGGGUGGUGAGAGGAAGGACGACGGCGGAGGGAAGGUCGUCUCUGUCUACAAGAUGGACAUGCAUUGCGAGGGGUGCGCCAAGAAAAUCCGCCGCGCCGUCAAGCACAUGGAAGGUGUGGAGGAUGUGAAAACGGACUGUUCGGCCAACAAACUGACGGUGACCGGGAAGGUGGAUCCCGGCCGGGUGAAGGCCAGGGUUGAGGAGAAAAUGAAGAAGCAGGUGGAUAUCGUCUCGCCCCAGCCUAAGAAGGAAGGCGGCGGAGCUCCUCCCGCCGGCGACAAGAAGGGCGGAGGCGGCGGAGCUCCUCUCGCCGGUGACAAGAAGGGCGGAGGCGGCGGUGGCGAGAAAGCCGAGAAGAAGGCGGAGGAGAAAAAACCGGAGGAGAAGAAGGCGGAGGAGAAGAAACCGGCUCCACCUAAAGAGAGCACCGUUGUCCUGAAGAUCAGAACCCACUGCGACGGCUGCAUCCACAAGAUCAAGAAGAUAAUCCUCAAGAUCAAAGGAGUAGACAGCGUGGCGGUUGACGGAGCUAAGGACUUGGUAACGGUGAAAGGCACGAUGGACGUUAAGGAGCUGGCUCCUUACCUCAGGGAGAAGCUCAAUCGGACGGUGGAUGUUGUCCCACCGGCCGGCGAGAAGAAGGACGCCGGCGCUGCCGGAGGUGGCGGCGAGAAGAAGGAGAAGGGGAAAGAAGGAGGUGGUCAAGCGCCCAAGGGUGAAAAGAAGGAAGGAGACGGCGGAGGGAAGAAAUCGGACGGCGCCCAGGCUGCCGCUGCCGCUCCGAAGAUGGAGGUGAACAAGAUGGAAUACUACGGCAGUUACGCGCCGACGGCGGCGCCGAGCUACUGGGCCGCCGGGGGAUCGUACGGGCAGAGCAGCUACUACGCGGAGCCGCAUCAGCAGCAGCACCACUACGCCAUGGAGCCGCAGUACGUCCAGCACGGAUACGCUCCGGCGACGAUGAGCCACGGUGUGGUCGGCGGCGGUGGGUACGGCUACGGCGGACACCAUCAGGAGUCGUACAUGAUGGCGCCGCCGCCUCCGGCGGGGUACCAGAUGGUGGGGCCACAGCACCCCGGCCACGCGCCUCAGUUCUUCAGCGACGAGAACCCCAACGCGUGCUCCUUGAUGUGAUCGCCGGCCGGACGGUGAAGAAUUACACGGUUAAAUAAAAAUUUAAAUUGUAAAUAAUAUAAUAAGAAAACAAAAAAAAGCUGUACGUAAUAGCGGAGGAAAGAAGAGUACAUACGGAAGCUUCUAAAUGAAGAUGAGUAGAGUACUAAUUUUGGAAUCAUCGAUGGAUGGAUUAAUUAGGACAGAAAAUAGAGAUUAAUCAGAGGCUUUUGUUAUUUUUAGUAUAAUGAUGGUGACCGGCCGGCGAUCUGGCGACCGGCCAUCCUGUCGUGGCCGGUGAAGCUAUUGUUGAUAUGUUGCCGUUUAGUUUUCUUUAUUGUUAUUAUUAUAAAGUAAUAUUAAUUAAUAUCCAUGUUAUUUGUCGUGACGGAAUUCAAGAAUAAGUUUGUAAUGACUAAUGAAUCGAUUAAUGGAGAGAUAAUGAUAGCGAUUACGAUUAGAUUAUAAUAAA